GUUUGUAUCACACCAUCAUCUACUUAAUGCUGUCUUUUGGUUGACAGAUUUUGUACUUGAAGGAAGUGUAGCCACACCCUUUGAAGGUGGAUAUUACUAUGGGAAGCUUAAAUUUCCUUCUGAUUACCCUUUUAAGGCUCCAAGUAUCAGCAUGACAACCCCCAGCGGCAGGUUUGCCCCUCACAAAAGGAUAUGCCUAUCAAUGAGUGACUUUCAUCCAGAAUCUUGGAAUCCCAUGUGGUCUGUAGCAAGCAUUCUAACAGGGCUCCUCUCAUUUAUGAUGGACGAUGCUCUUACAACUGGAAGCAUCACAAGUACAGAUGGAGAGAAGAAGCGUUUGGCAAAGGCUUCGCGUGCUUAUAACUGUGAGAGCAAAAAAUGCCUGCACUUCAGGAAACUGUUUCCUGAGUAUGUCGAGAAGUACAACCAACAACAAGAAAAGGAGCAAACUGGUGCGGAACCAGAGCCGCAGGAGAACCCUGCCCCAGCUCCUUCUCCUGCCGCUGUCCAGCAAGCGGCAACUAUGGUGAACAAUAUAGGAAGACCAGUGGCCGUGGCGGCUCAGUCUUUUGUGUCUUUUGUUCUGAUACAUAUCUAA